AUGGCUUACGUGCUAGCCUACCUGAAGGAACUCUACGAUUACGUCUGGUCGUUCCGAGACACGCGGAUAGACGCAUGGAACAGCAACAUCACCACGGGCAGCUUCGUCAUACCGCUGAUCAUCAGCUACGUCUACGUAGCCAAGGUAGGCGGCCCUCUGUGGAUGAAAGAUCGCAAGCCUUACGACAUUAAGCGAGGCAUCCUGGCGUACAACGCAUUGACCGCACUCGCGAACGCCUACUUCCUGUACCGCAUGUUGCCGCUGACUCUCUUCGGCGGCGGAUACAGUUUCCUCCGCCAGGGAAUCGACACCGACCGCGAGCGUGACAUGGCCGUCAUCAGCCUGAACUGGUGGUACUUCCUGUUGCGCGUCGCCGACUUCACGGACACCAUGUUCUUCGUGGCCCGCAAGGAGUACACGCACGUCACCCAGCUUCACGUGUCCCACCACGCCUUGGUCGUGCUCAACGGCUGGAUCUGGCUCAACUUCGGCAGCGAUGGUCAUGCCGUGUUCGGUCCCCGUGUGCAGAAGUACAUCUGGUGGAAGAAGUACCUCACCACCAUCCAAAUCAUACAACUCGUGGUGAUCUGCGUCCACUCGUCCCUGGCCAUAUUCUUUGAUUGCGGCUACCCGAAAGGGCUGUGCUACCUUGCGAUGGCCCAGAUUGUGCUAUUCAUUGUUCUCUUCACGAACUUCUACUUGAAGACUUACAGGGCCGGCGGGAGGUCGGGACCACCGCCGGCCGCAAAGUCGAAGGAGAAAGGUCAAUGA